CGUGUUGCCCCUUUAAACAAAACGUGCUCACUAUAGCAAGUUACAUUGCAUAGCAGGCUGCACCGGAAAUAAUACAUACACAUUUCAAAAUAAUUUACAUGUUGUGGACAAAUUAGCUACGUUCCUUUCGAUAAUAAAGGGUUACAUAUCCACUAUAUGAACACCAGUCAUAUGUGAACUCAUUUCACAAAUAAAAAUACGAAGCAUUGGGGGACUACUUUUACCAUCUAAUCGGAAGUGACCACACUAUAUAUGAAUCGACGAUACCUUGACAGGCGGCUACAACAAUGCCACGCAGCCUCCACUUAAAUCUCGCUGUUACACUUUGCCAAGAAUCUGCAAGAGCGUAAGUUGAAAGUGUUGAUGCAGAGGUGUGUCAUUUUGCUAAUCAAGAAGACCGUGGACCUUCGCCCCCUCGCCCCUCAGCUCCUCCGAGCGUGUGCGUCCUUUUCACGCCUCUCACCUCCGCCUCCUGAAUCCCGCCACCGUCUCCUCUCGCCAGCCGACCAUCACGGAGGCCUCCCGUUCCGCCGCCUCUCCACGCACCCGCCCGACGCCAUGGCGGAGCAACGCUUCCUGGUGGAGUACGCCAAGCGCGGCACGGCUGGCUGCAAGAAGUGCAAGGACAAGAUCGCCAAGGGGAUCGUGCGCAUCGGCAAGGUGGUGCCCAACCCGUUCAGCGAAUCGGCCGGCGAGAUGAAGGAGUGGCACCACGUUAAGUGCAUCUUUGAGAAACUGGAGCGCGCCCGUGCUACUACCAAGAAGAUCGAGGACAUCACUGACCUGGAGGGCUGGGAGGAGCUGCAGGACGAGGACAAGGAGCUCAUCAAUCGACAUGUCUCAGACCUGAUGGCCAAAGUGAACUCGAGUCCCAAGAAGAAGGUGCAGGCCAAGUUGAAUACGUCGGGCAAGCUGAUGUCUCCUCCCGCCGACGCGUCGCUGAACGCACCGCGCAAGUUCUCAGGCUUCACUGCCGCCAAGGCGGGCGCCUCCUCGUCUUCGCCCUUGCCCGCCAAAGCCAACCAGGGCAGUGCUCUGGCCAGCCAACUAUGCGACCCGCACCACAAGGACUGCCUGUUUCGGGAGUUCCGCAAAUUGUGCGCCACGGUGGCCGAGAACAACAGCUACAACAGCAAGACGCAGAUCAUUGAGAAGUUCCUGCGCAAGGGCACCGGCGGAGAUAAAUUCCACGGCGACUUGUACCUGACGGUGAAGCUGUUGCUGCCCGGCGUGGUGAAGAGCGUGUACAACCUCAACGACAAGCAGAUCGUCAAACUCUUCAGCCGCGUCUUCCGAUGCAACCAGGACGACAUGGUGCAAGAUCUGGAGAAGGGCGACGUGUCAGAGACGGUUCGCAUGUUCUUCGAGGAGAGCAAAGCCUCCCCCCCGUCUGCCAAGAGCCUGCUGACCAUCCAGGAGGUGGACGCGUCGCUCACCCGCCUCGCGCAGCUCACCAAAGAGGACGAGCAGCAGGCCGAGCUGGAGGAAAUCGCCAAAAAGUGCACCAGCAACGACCUGAAAGGCAUCAUCCGGCUCAUCAAGCACGACCUGAAGAUGAACGCCGGAGCCAAGCACGUACUGGACGCCGUGGAUCCAAACGCUUACGACGCCUUCAAGGCCUCCCGAAACUUGGGCGAUGUAAUCGAGCGCGUGCUGAGGAACCAGCAGGAGGCGUCCAACGGCUCGGGCCCGAGGAAGCUGCUCACAGUGGAGGCCACGCUCAUGACACCCGUUCAGCCCAUGCUGGCGGAGGCGUGCAAAUCCAUUGAGUACGCCAUGAAGAAGUGCCCCAACGGCAUGUACUCGGAGAUAAAGUACGAUGGCGAGCGCGUGCAGGUGCACAAGAGUGGCGACAACUUCAGCUACUUCAGCCGCAGCCUCAAACCCGUGUUGCCUCACAAAGUGGCCCACUUCAAGGACUACAUCCCGCAGGCGUUCCCCGGUGGUCACAGUAUGAUUUUGGAUGCCGAGGUGCUACUCAUCGACACCAACACCAGCAAGCCACUCCCCUUCGGGACGCUGGGCGUGCACAAGAAAGCCGCCUUUCAAGACGCCAACGUGUGCCUCUUUGUCUUUGACUGCAUAUACUUCAAUGGCAACAGUCUCAUGGAGAGGCCGCUGUGCGAGCGGCGGAAGUUCUUGCACGACAACAUGGUGGAGGUGCCCAACCGGAUCCUGUUUUCCGAGAUGAAGCACGUCACGCGUGCGGGAGACCUGGCCGACAUGAUCACUCGAGUCAUCAGGGAAGGUUUGGAAGGCCUCGUGCUCAAAGACGUGAAGGGCUCGUACGAACCAGGCAAGCGUCACUGGCUGAAGGUGAAGAAGGACUACCUGAACGAGGGUGCCAUGGCCGACACGGCCGACCUGGUGGUGCUGGGCGCCUUCUACGGGAAAGGCUCCAACGGCGGCAUCAUGUCCAGCUUCCUGAUGGGCUGCUACGACCCGGACUCCAAGAAGUGGUGCACUGUCACCAAGUGCUCGGGAGGCUACGAUGAUGCCAUGUUGGCUCGACUCCAGAAGGAACUGGAUGUCGUCAAGAUCAGCAAGGAGCCCAGCAAAAUCCCUGGCUGGCUGAAAAUCGUCAAGAACUACUACCCGGAUUUCCUCAUCCGCAGUCCUGAGCAAGCGCCCGUGUGGGAGAUCACGGGCGCAGAGUUCUCCAAGUCGGAGAUGCACACGGCCGACGGCAUCUCCAUCCGCUUCCCGCGCAUGACGCGCAUCCGCGACGACAAGGACUGGAAGAGCGCCACCAACCUGCACCAGCUUAAAGAGCUGUAUCGCAUCUCCAAGGAGAAUUGCGACUUCAAAGUGACGGCAGGACCGUCCGGCGAAGACAAGGCCUCGUCGGGAGGGGACAGCGGCGGAAACUCGCCCGCUCCGGCCGUGUCAUCGCGUGAAAGCGCCCCACCCAAAAAGACAGGGAACCGUACCCAAGCCAAACGCAAGGUGGUCAAAUCUGAGCCGAGCUCCCCCGCUCUCAAAGCUCCCGCCCCCAAGAAGGUACCAUCUCAUGUUUGUUUGCGCUUUACAAAAACACACAAUGACAAUUUUGACUUUAAAAAAAACUCCCAGGUGAGGAAGAGUGAAAAUGGAGAGCAGAGCAAUGGACACGCCAGGAAGGCAAAGGUGGCCACUCCUCCUCCCCCGCAAAUGCUGGAGUCCAAAAACAACAAGCAGACGCUGCUGGACAUCUUCAGCGGCGUCAAGCUCUUCCUACCGUCUGGCGUGGACGACUUUGCUAAGCUGCGGCGCUACUUCGUGGCGUACGACGGCGACCUCGUGGCCGACUACGACGCCGCCUCGGCCACCCACACGGUGGCUGACAAAGCGGAGGAGGAAGAGGGCGGCGGCGGCCGGGCCCAGCGGGUGUCGGCCAACUGGAUCUGGGAGUGCAUCCGCAAGAGGCGGGUAGUGGCUCCCUGCUGACUUACAACAACAAAGAAAAGAAGCAAUACUUUAUUUGCUCUUUCACUAAUUAAACCUAUAACGCCACAUCUUAGAUUUGUCAACAUGGUAACCUUCUGACACUUUCUAUUAGUGAUUGGCUUUUGCUGUCAUUAGUAACAAAAAGCAACAGGAGGUAAAGCAGAAGCAUUGGGGAACCAUGGACGCUUUAAUUUGUAAUGCAGCCUUUUUGUGUGUAUUUAAAUCAUGAGCUGAGCGCUGAGCAAAUGUGAAAUGGAUGUGUACUUUUUUAAAAUAAAGUCAAGAUGAUGGGGGGGAAAAGUACCGUACCUCAGUGAGUAUAAAGUCAUACUGUGACAAGAAAAAAAAAAUACAUUGAGAAUGAAGUUCACUUAUUUUGAGGGGGAUAAAAUGAGGGAAAAAAAGUAAUAUGAAGUAAUUUUAUUUUAAGAGGUAUUUUUUUGGAAGAAUGUUUAAACUGAUGAGGAAAAACUAACAAUGUAAACAAAUCAUUUUAGAAAAUUCUUAAGUCAUGUGGGAGGAAAAAGUGUCCUCUUUAUAAGAAAAUACAAAUCGCAUGAGAAAAGGUA